CGGCGCGGCGGCGGCGGCGGCGGCGGCUCCCCCCACUCACUCACCCACCCUCCCAGCCGGCCAGCCGGCCCCUGCCCCGGCCCGGCCAUGUCCUCGGCCAAGCAGCGAGGCUCCAAGGGCGGCCAGGGCUCGUCCGCCCCCUCCGAGAAGGGCGCCCACCCGGCGGGCGGCCCCGAUGACGUGGCAAAGAGGCAGCAGCAGCCGCAGUCCGAGCAGCAGCCCAGGCAGCCCCAGCAGCAGCAGCAGCCCAAGCAGUCGCCCCAGCCAGGCAAGCAGUCAGCCCAACAGCAGAACCAACAGCCCAAGCAGCAGCAGCAACCCAAGCAGCAGCAGAACCAGAACCAACAGCCCAAGCAGCAGCAGAACCAGAACCAACAGCCCAAGCAGCAGCAGCAACCCAAGCAGCAGCAGAAUCAGAACCAACAGCCCAAGCAGCAGCAGAACCAACAGCCCAAACAGCAGCAGAACCAACAGCCCAAACAGCAGCAGAACCAACAGCCCAAACAGCAGCAACAGCAGAACCAACAGCCCAAACAGCAGCAGCAGCAGAACCAACAGCCCAAACAGCAACAGCAGAACCAACAGCCCAAACAGCAACAGAAUCAACAACCCAAACAGCAACAGAAUCAACAACCCAAACAACAGCAGCAGAACCAACCCAAGCAACAGCAACAACAGAACCAACAGCCCAAGCAGCAGCAGCAGAACCAACAGUCCAAGCAGCAGCAGCAGAACCAACAGCCCAAGCAGCAGCAGCAACAGAACCAACAGCCCAAGCAGCAGCAGCAGAACCAACAGCCCAAGCAGCAGCAGCAACAGAACCAACAGCCCAAGCAGCAGCAGCAGCAGAACCAACAACCCAAGCAGCAGCAGCAGCAGAACCAACAACCCAAGCAGCAGCAGCAGAACCAACAACCCAAGCAGCAGCAGCAGAACCAACAGCCCAAGCAGCAGCAAAAUCAGAACCAACAGCCCAAGCAGCAGCAGCAGAACCAACAGCCCAAGCAGCAACAAAACCAGAACCAACAGCCCAAGCAGCAGCAACAGCAGCAGCAGAACCAACAACCCAAGCAACAGCAGCAGAAUCAGCAACAGCAGCAGCAGAAUCAACAGCCCAAGCAGCAGCAAAACCAGAACCAACAACCCAAGCAGCAGCAGAACCAGAACCAACAGCCCAAGCAGCAGCAGCAGCAGCAGUCCCACCCCAAAGGCAGCAAUCGGGGAGGUGGAGGUGGUGGUGGGAAAAACUCAGUGGGCUCCCCAGCCUCCUCCUCUUCCUCCUUCUUUGGCCAGCUGGCAAAGGUUCUCAACUUUCUCUUCUACCUCACCCUCAUCGCCGGGGCCGGCUUCUCCGGGUGGUGCGUCCAUAACGUUUUGGAGGAAGUCCAUCAAAUCCGGCUCCGAAAUGAGGGCUUCACCAGGCAGAGAGAGGAGCUGGGCCAGGGCUUGCAAGGCGUCAUGCACAAGGUCCAAUCUCUGCAGUCUACUUUCGUGAGUUUUGAGUCCAUCUUGAAAAACUCCCAACAUAAGCAAGAGCUGACGGAGAAAGCCAUCAAGCAGGGGGAGAACGAGAUCAACCGUAUCAGCGAGGUGCUGCAAAAAUUGCAGAACGAGAUCCUGAAGGACCUUUCGGAUGGCAUCCACGUAGUCAAGGACGCCAGGGAGAAGGAUUUCAACUCCUUGGAGCACACCGUGGAAGAGAGACUCACAGAGCUCACCAGGUCCAUCAACGAGAACAUCGCCAUAUUCACCGACGUCCAGAAGAGGAGUCAGAAGGAAAUCAAUGAGGUGAAAGCCAAGAUCGCCUCCCUGGAGGAGACAGAUUGGUACAAAGAUGACCUGAAGGCACUGAGGAACGUGGUGGAUGGACUUCAGACCUCCGUCAAAUCCAGAGAAAAGGACAUCGAGUCUUUGAAAAGUUCCUUGGAGAACAUGGAAUCUGAUGUCUACACUGAAGUCAAAGAGUUGGUGAAUUUGAAACAGGAGCAGGAAAAGUUCAGGGAGGCUGCUGAUAACGAACAUCUCACCUUGCAGUCCCUGAGGGAGAAAAUUCUUCAGGCGGAGGCUUCCUUGUCCCAUCUCCCCAACGAGAUAAAGAGACUGGAAGAAGAUGUCCGCCAGGUCAAAGCGAGCUCCAGCCAGCAAGAAGAGAACGAUAUUUUCAAGAACACGGACGCCUUGGGCUCCCUUCAGAGGAGGAGUGAUGAUUUGGAAUCCAGGUUUGAGCACCUGGAAGGCAGCCUCCAGGCCAUCCAGACGGCCUCUUCUCGCCAGACGGAAACUCUGGAGUCCCUUCUUUCCCGGAGCCAGGAGCAUGAGCAUCAGCUGGCCGGCCUCCAGGAGCACCUCGAAGGCAUCACGGCUUCCCAUGGGCUGUUGGAUGCGGAUAAAGAGGGCCUGGGGAGUACCGUGAGGAGCCUGGGGGAGGCCCAGCUCUCCCUGUUCAAUGACGUGGAGGAGCUGAAGAGGAGCGUGAGUGAGCUUCCCAGCGCCGUGGACUCCCUGGAGAAGGUGCAGAAGCAGGUCCGCACUCUGCUUGACAAAACCCAGGGGGACGCUUCUCUCCCUCCUGACUAUCUAGAAAAACUGGCGUCGGUGGAUGACCUGAGGUCCUCCUUAAGCCAGCUGGAAUCAGACCUAAAAAUGGUUAGGACUGCCGUGGACAGUCUGGUCGCCUACUCGGUGAAAAUUGAAACCAAUGAGAAUAAUUUAGAGUCGACGAAAAGUUUAUUGGACGACCUGAGGAGCGAUCUGGAUCGACUGUUUGUGAAAGUGGAGAAAAUUCAUGAAAAUGUCUAAAUGAGUUAUCGAUGCUGGUGUGGAAUUUUAAAGUCCCCUCCCUCCCCAUCCUUCACCGUCUCUCAUGGCCAAAAAAGGAAAAAAAAAAAGAUUCAUCCCUCUUUGUAACGAGCAAUAGACACUCAUGGAAGCGCCCAGGUAUUCUCCCAUGCCCCCUUGCCAACUCAUUUAAUUUAUUUGCCAUUGUUAGGCUAAACCUGUGAAAACAGGGCUAUGGCUGCUUUGUUAUUUUUGUAUCGACUUGUAGCUUUCUCCCUGAAAGGUCCCCAUUUUCUGGAAUCCGAGGUUCCUUCUAAAAGGAUGUUUGAAAACAUCACAGAAGGACGAGGAUUGAUUUCAGGAUUAACAGGAACGGGUUAGCAUCAUUAGCCUCAAAAGGGCCACCUUGGCCACCAUUUUUUACUCGAGUAAUAAUAAAAGGAUGUUCCUUAAAAUUGUCCUUAAGGAAAAUAAAUUUAUUUUUCUUUUUUUGAUGGGGGGAGGCUCCCAAGUUUUCCAUGAGAUGUCAAUCACUUAUAAGUCUUCCACUUAUAAACUGGCUGGAAACCAGAAACAUCAGCACAAUUUAGGGGGGAAAAAAAGUAUACCGAUUCCUAGUGUUUUUUUUUUUUUUUUAAACUACUUUACCAUAGUCCUUCCCAUAGGUGCUUUCUCAUAGUUUCUCUUUCAUCCCUUUUCUUCCCACCCCCAUUCUAUACAUCCUCUAGUGAUAUCCAAGGUAACUAUGCAAGACUCGGAAGGCUCCGAAUGCCAAGAUGGGGCAUCCACACUGAGUAAUCCUGAGCCCACUUGUGCCAAAUCUUUAGUUGGGUCAUCAGAUAACUCUCUAGACUUAGUAGCCCAGAACAGGGGUCUGAUAUAUUCUUGAAUCAUAUCCCAGGAGCAGCACAGCGGAAUGGGGCGUCCCCUCAGGUAUGCAGACCAAAUGUCUAUAACCUAUUUUUUUUUAACGUUUUUUUAAAAAAAUGAUACUCAUGGGGAUCUCCUAAUAAGUAGAUUCCUGUCUGUCAGUGGGAAAAAAAAAAGUAUGCACUGCAUUUCAUGUCAUUGUUUGCUCUGUCCCCAUCCCCGAGCUGCCCUGUUCCUGAUGGUCUGUCCUGUCCUGUUCUUUAAAGCCAUUUGUUUUUUCUCCAUUUGGAGUAAUUUCAGACGUUCGUUUAGUUGACUGUGAAAUGAACUGUAUGGCUUCUUUACAGUAUUUUUAAUUCUUAAUAAACACUUUGGAGCUUUGUA